AUGUCUCUGACACGAGGAAACCCGGGAGCCUGGAGCUCCAGGCCGGUUUUUUUGGGGGAGGGAGGGGAGAGGCUUCGGGGGUCCUGGGAAUGCCUGGUUCCCGUGGGCGCCCAGCAGUGCCGGCUCUUCCCGUCCUCCCGACGGCAGGUGGACCGGCCAGUCCCGUCGCAACUCCGACGGGCUUCCUCGCCACCUUCCGGACAAAGUGUCAAGUACAAGUUCAAGUUCAGGGCCAACGCGCCCCCCACCCCCAUCCUGGGAGAAGUGGGGGUGGGGGUGGAGAGCUAUCCUGCUGCCUUUGUUCUCCGGGAUCGUCGCUCCCGCGUCCCCUCCCGGGCGGGGCCCGGCCCGUACCCCCGCCCCGCCGAGCCCCGCUGCGCCCCGCAGGAGCCGCCUCCUCCCGCCGGCGUGGCGCCGGGUCCCCGGGUCCCCGCGACCCGGUUCCAGGGGGCCACCGAAGGGCCUGGGGGCUCGGGAUGGUGGAGAGGGCGGGGGAGGGAAAGGAGACUCCACUCCGAACCCGUGGGAGCCUCCCUAGCCCCGCCGUCCCAGCUGCAAACUCCGCUUGGUCCCGGAAGGACGCCGGCGCCGAGGGAAGCUGAGAGAAAGCACUUCUUUGGGAACAGGAAGCCUGGAGGUCAUUUCUGCGAGAAAUCUAGGAGCCCUUUUCAGUCUUCAUGCCCUACUUCUUGCACCUUCAGGAACCUCAGUGGUACACGCAAGGCCUCUUCAGUCUGUGGACCCCCAGUGGUGCUAUACGAUCUUGGAAAAGGAAUCCUGCCGAGAGAGAAGAAAUCGCUUCAGAGGAGCUAGACUGGGCGCGGGGAGGCCUGCAGCAGAGCUCUUGCUCUCUGGCCCCUGCCCAGAGAAAUACCGCUGCCUGGGAGGAAGGAUGGAGGGCAGGGGGUCUGGGGUGAUGAAUGAAGACUGCCUGACUCUCAGAGGACCAGCUCUGUUCUUGGGAGCUUUAUCAGCAGAGAAGCAUCGUAGCAGUGCAGGCGGGGGAAAGGCCCAGGAUUCCCAAUAAAAUUGGAAGCUCUUGCCACAGCCAAGGGAUCCUUUCAGUCAGUAAUCUAAUGCCUGCUAACUUCUCACUGUGAACAUCUAUCAGGAUGGAGGGACAUUCCCACUGAGGAAGGAGGCAGAGGAAGUGUCCUGGGCUGAGACUGACCGGCGCAAGGCAACAGGUUUCUGCUCUGCAUGCUCUUCCAGGAGGCCCGCGGGCAGAGCUGGCGGGAAGGAAGAGGAUUGUUUUUCAAAAUGGCUCUGCUUGGGAGACCUUCUGGAAGCAGAGAAACGCUAUGUCUUGUCAUGUGAUCUGGGUGAACUGUGCAAGCUGGAGUACGGAAAAAAGGAGAUCUGAAGCCUGUCUCAAUCCAGAACACUGUACAAGGGACAUGUUUCAGGACUGAGUAGAUGGCUCAAUGGGUCAAGCAUUUGCCGCCCAAGCGCAAGUGUCUAAUAAGGGCAGAUCCCCAGGACCCACAGAAAGCCGAUGCUAUAGCACUAACGUCUUUAAUCCCAGCAUACCUGGUGUGGGCAAGAAGGGACAUAGAGACAGAACAAUUGCCUGAAAGUUUGUGGGCCAUUUAGGCUCACAAACGCAGUUGUGAAAAAUGAGAGCUCCUGCCUAAAACAAGGUGGAAGGCAAGGACGGACACCUGACGUCAUCUCCUGCCUUCCACACGUGCUGUGGCAUGUGUGUGCCCACCUCACACACAUGAACGUGCGCUCACACAAAGAAUGGGUUUCUGGGGCUGGAGAGAUGAUUCAGCAGUUAAGGCACUUGCCCACAAAAGCUAACAACCCUGGCUUGAUUCCCCAGCACCUACAUAAAGCCAGAUGCACAAAAGGGGCACAUACAUCUGGA